AUGAUCUCAAUAUUUUUGAUAUUGGGAUCACUUGUUUCAACACUAGCAGGCGCAAGCACAGAGUACCAUGCAAUAAACUGUAGAAAGCAUAGCGCAGUCUUGACAGAUUUUGGAGGAGUUGGUGAUGGAAAAACAUCAAACACAAAGGCUUUUAAAGCAGCAAUUGCCGAGCUAAGUCAGUAUGCAUCAGACGGUGGAGCACAACUUAUUGUACCGCCAGGAAAAUGGUUAACUGGGAGCUUUAACCUCAGUAGCCAUUUCACUCUUUUUCUUCAUAAGGACGCUGUUCUUCUUGCUUCUCAGGAUGAGGCAGAAUGGCCUGCUUUCCCUCCAUUGCCCUCCUAUGGGGUAGGUAGAGAUGAACAUGCUGGAAGGUUUAGUAGUCUGAUUUUUGGGACACAUCUAACAGAUGUCGUGGUCACUGGUAACAAUGGUACAAUUGAUGGCCAGGGUGCAGUUUGGUGGGACAAAUUCCACCAGAAAAAAUUGAAACUGACGCGACCAUAUCUGAUUGAGUUUCUGUACUCUGAUCAGGUUCAAAUAUCCAACCUUACAUUGAUUAACUCUCCAUCAUGGAAUGUUCAUCCUACAUAUUGCAGCAAUGUGUUGAUCCAGUGGUUGACAAUUUUGGCACCAGUUGAUUCUCCCAAUACAGAUGGGAUUAACCCAGAUUCAUCCUCGAAUGUUCGUAUCGAAGAUUCCUUUGUAGUAUCAGGGGAUGACUGCAUUGCAGUUAAGAGUGGAUGGGAUGAAUAUGGAAUCAAAUUUGGAAGGCCUACGCAACACCUAGUCAUAAGGUUUACCUGCAUUUCUCCUGACAGUGCUACCAUUGCUCUUGGAAGUGAAAUGUCCGGCGGAAUCCAGGACGUUAGAGCUGAAGAUAUCACAGCCCUCAGUACCCAAUCUGGAGUUCGAAUCAAGACUGCUGUAGGAAGAGGAGCUUAUGUGAAGGACAUUUUUGUAAGAAGAAUGACCCUGAAGACAAUGAAGUAUGCCUUCUGGAUGACAGGCUCUUACGGGUCACACCCUGAUACGGGAUAUGAUCCAAAAGCAUUACCUGAGAUCAAAGGAAUAAGUUACAAAGAUAUAGUGGCUGAGAACGUAACCUAUUCGGCGAGACUAGAAGGAAUUGAGAACGAUCCUUUUACAGGAAUUUGCAUUUCUAAUGUAAACAUAAGUUUAACCCAGAAACCUAAGGAACUGCAAUGGAACUGCACUGACAUUCAGGGAGUUUCAGGCAAAGUAACUCCUCAGCCAUGCGCUGCGUUGCUGGAGAAAAGUAUUGAAUGUCCUUUCCCUGAAGAUAGACUGCCAAUUGAGGAUGUAAAACUCCAAACUUGUUCUGCUAGUAGUUAG